AUGGAAAAUAUCACAGAAGUCAUUCACGGUUACUACCCGUCUUCGGUGUAUCUGCCGCAUUAUGUAACCAACGAAAGUUCAGCUGUAUCGCUGGUUGCUCAGUUUGCUGUGCUAUGGGCUUUGGUUCUGGGUAUCGCAUCUGCUUACAUCUGCCGUCCGCGAAAUUCUGUGACUAGAGCAGACCAGUUUGCGUUCAUUUGGAUGUGCUUUACGGGAUGCAUACAUUUAUUCUUUGAAAGUUACUUCGUGGUCUACCACAAGAGCCUAGCCGGCUCGCACACUUUAUUCGGCCAGCUCUGGAAGGAAUAUUCGCUUUCCGACUCACGCUAUCUCACCUCGGAUUCAUUCCUCGUUUCCAUGGAGGCUGUCACCGCUUUCUGCUGGGGCCCUCUCGCAUUCACUAUCGCAUACUGCAUCGCCACGCAGCAUCCAGCCCGACAUGUCCUGCAGCUCAUUAUAUCCGUAGGACAGGUCUACGGAGAUGUACUCUACUACGCUACGAGCAUGUUCGACCUUUAUUACCAUGGAGUGUCUUUUUGUCGUCCUGAAGGCUACUAUUUCUGGUUCUACUACGUUUUCAUGAACUUUAUCUGGCUUGCCGCUGGUACUUAUUUUGCGUACGAAAGUGCAGUGGAGAUCACGCGUGGUAUGAAGAAAUUGAGCGAAAUGGAUCGGAAGCGGAAGAACAAUUAG